AUGUCGCUACCCUCGGAAUUGACCGCUGCUGUCCAAUGUCUCGGUCGACAUUUGGAUACAGUUCGACAGCGCGCUUGUGAUAGAGAACAUCUAGUGCGAGCCACGUUAGAUUCUGAGAGAACUGCGCUUGAGCACAAAAUUGCAGAUAACCAGAAUCGAAAAAAGGAGGUGGAAGCAUUACUUGAGGUUUGGGAACAUGAAAAUGCCGAUGCUUUCCAAAGGCUCGCGCGUCUCGAAGCAAGCUACCAUGAUUCACUUCAGAGGUCGCGAUCGCUGGAUGCUGUCCCAGAUUACCAACAUCUAGUCGGUUUCAUAUUUGGUAGCGCUUCAGUUCCAGCUAGAACCCCCAGUUCUCUACCAUAUAUGCAUACCCAGGACGCCAUGAUGAUGAGCGAGAUCCAAAACAAUCCCGAAGACAAAUCCGCAGUUGCUUCUCUUCGGCGUCAAAUGGCGGAGAGAAUAGCCAGUCAUCAGUUCGACCAAGGCCACACGAACGAUAUCGGCCAUUGCUUGCCCAAAACACAAAACUCAAUCGAUUUUGAAGAGCUCUACGAAGGCGGAAAAGCCAAGUACAAACAUAGAAUUCUCUAUUUCAAAGGCCAGUGGUAUAUACUCAAAUGUGAUGAGCAUGGGAUUCACUUUCCAUACCGGUCUGCCUCUGCAGCAGGCUCUCAUCUUCGAAGCCACUGGCACAGAGGUUCGGCCUCGAAUUACGCAGCCGUUAUCAAAGCCUUCGGCGUUAGAGUGGAGAAUUGCAAUGGUGAGAGGGCCGACCGAAACAACGAGGAAUUCUUGUCUGCCUUGGCCAGUGGAUAUUGCGUAUACAAGGGCACGCGAGAGAGUCAGAAGAGGCAGAGUACUGGUAUGAUCCCUUUUGAGAGCACUUACAUCAGCUGA